AGUAUGAUUAAAUAGAAAUGAGUUGGUCAGUGGACACCAAACUAAGACCCCAGCAACGACUGGACAAGAGAUGGGCUAAAACAAAUCUACAGGGUGUCUUCAACCGAGACGAGCUCAGCUCGCUGUGGAAUGAACUGGUCAAGGAGGGAGAGAUCUCGGUCAGCCAUAACGAUGGACUCAUCAACAGUGCAGGCGUACUGGCCAGAAAAGGAGAGACGGGGAAGUAUUACUGUGGAAUGAAGGUCCUGUCCUGUAGCUGCUGCGAUGGACACUGUGGACCCAAUAAUGGCUGUAAUUGUCUCCCCUGUCAGAAAUUAGACCAGGAGGAAGCACAGCAGCACAAGGAGGAUCUCUCUAACCCCAAACAUUCCCAGCCCAUCAUCAACUCUUGGACUUGGGGGGAGCAACCAGAUUCUAGUCAGUUAAAGCAGUGCUUGAAGUCCAUACUCUAUGAACACCAGAAGUUGUGUACUGAGGCCUCAUGUACCUCUGCCUCCAUUACACGACUGCAGCAGAGGUUGGCCAUCCUUCAGCGCUACUUCAUUGCCCUCGGGAGACAGUCCCCCAACGAGGGGAGACAACCCUCCAAGAAAAGUCAAGCAGAUCAGACAAAUCUUAACAAACAAAAAAGCUCGAUGAAGCCAGCUGAGAAGGCAACAGUGGGAUUGGCAAGGGUGGGAUCCAGAGCAGCUCUCAGUUUUGCCUUUGCCUUCUUGCGUAGAGCCUGGCGUUCUGGUGAGGACUCUGAUCUGUGCAGUGAACUGCUACAUGAGUCAUUGGAAGCUCUACAGUCCCUGCCAGAGGCCACACUCUUUGAAGAAAGCAGGGUGUCAAGUGUAUGGUUAGAAGUGGUGGAUAGGGCUUCUAGUUUUCUACAAGGAGUUGUUAGAGGGACCUCUAUUCAGUCAGCAAGCCCAGGGAAGAUUCCUGUCCAGGAUCAGCAGACGGCACUGUGUCUUCUGCUGGAGCUGUCUGUACAGAGGGGCUCACUCAGUCAUGUUCUCAGCUCAGUGCUGUUAUUGCUCAAUCUCUGGAACAACAGCUGUCAGGAAUCUGACAACCGGAUCAGCAGCGGAUUGAACUGUGCUCCCCUGAUCCGACUCCUGGAGAGAUUUCAAUCCAUCAAAGGCUCUAAAUCCAGAGUCUAUUGGGAACAGAGGAAAUUAGAAGAGUCUGAGGUACAAAUAGCCAGUCCCACCGAGAUUUUUUUGAAUUAUCUGACCUACCCUGAGGACCCCAACACCUUAAUAGAUCUCCGAAUGUCAGCGGUGGUCAUCAUGUCCCACCUAGACCGACUAACAGCUCCCUAUCUCCACCCAUUCAGUGCUCAAAAGGCUAUGAAACAAGGCAGUUCACAAGAAGUUCUUGGACUAGGCUGGCUGGCAUGGGCAGCAGAGGGUGGGGCUAUAGGGCCAUUUCUAAUGGACUUCUUUGCUGACAUUGGGGGUGUACAGCAGAUAGCUUGUUCUGAGAGGUGCUGUCUGAUCUUGUCAAAGGCUGGAAAAGUCUACAUGCUGUAUUACACAAGCCUGUCGCCAACCUUGCAGCAGUUGAAUGGUUUUGGAGACAGAGAAGUCGUCAAGAUAGCAGCUCAUCCAGACGGGAAACACUAUAUGGGACUGACCAGUGAUGGGGAGGUGUUCUCCUGGGGCAAUGGGGAUGGAGGGAAACUGGGUCAUGGGGACUAUAUACAUCGUGAGGAGCCUGCCCUGAUUACUACUCUCUCAGGAAAGCAGGUGACCAAAAUCUGCUGUGGGAGCUCAUACAGUGUUGCCAUGACAGCGAAUGGAGAGGUGUACUCCUGGGGAAAGGGAAAUUUCGGUCGGCUGGGUCAUGGUAGCAGUGAGGAUCAAACCACACCCAUUCUCCUCAAAUUCUUUAAGGGUCAUCGCAUCCUUGACAUAGCAUGUGGAAGUGGAGAUGCUCAGACUCUUGCUGUUACUGACUCAGGUGCUGUUUAUUCUUGGGGAGAUGGUGAUUACGGCAAGUUGGGAAGAGGGGGAAAUGAUGGCUGUAAGACCCCCAAGGUCAUUGAGAAGCUGAUGGGUCAGGAUGUGGUCAGGGUUUAUUGUGGCACGCAGUGCAGUCUGGCACUUACCAAAUCAGGGGCUGUGUAUUCCUGGGGUAAGGGAGAUAACUUCAGACUUGGACACGGUACAGAGGAUCAUGUCAGGCAUCCCAAACAGAUAGAGGCUCUCUCUUCUAAAAAGGUCAAGGACAUUGCCAUUGGAUCUCUCCAUUGUAUGGCUGUCACAGAGGAUGGGGAGCUGUAUGGGUGGGGCCGUAAUGAACAGGGACAGCUAGGAAACCCCUCCAUUAGUAAUUUCACAGAACCCACCCUCAUUUCUGGGAUGGAGGGGAAAAACAUCAUUGGAGUGGCCUGUGGCCCAAAUCAGACAUUUGCCUGGACUAGUGGAGGACAGUGGAUAGUUGGGAGUAGAGUACCGUUUAUUGUGGAUGUGUGUAAGAGCACUUUUGAACAGCUGGAUGAACUGCUAGCUGAGGUCUGCGUGGGAAUGGAUGGUCAGUCAGAUUGGCCACCCCCACAGGACAAAGAAUGCCUGGCUGUAGCAGGGCUCAACCUCCUCAAUCUUCAGUUUUAUGCCACCAUAUGUCAGUCUGAGAGCACAGAUAUCCUGGGCCUGGGUCCAGGAAGUCCGCUGGUGACCAGUCUAAAGCAAAGAGUAGUCUCCCUUGCCAGUAAUGUGGGUGUCAUUAAUACAGUCCAGUUAGCAGCCCAGAAUGCCCUUCAGAGUGGCUGGUCCAUCCUAUUGCCCACUGCUGAGGAGCGGGCAAGAACCUUGUCAACUCUUUUGUCUACUGAAGUGGUCAGCCAUGAUGCCAGCAUUAUGAGUCCUGGACAGAGAUUUAUGACCGAUCUCCUGGUCAGUAGUCUGAUGGCUGAUGGGGGAUUGGAGUCAGCUCUGGAGGCUGCCAUUAAAAACGAGAUCACAGAGAUUGAAGGCAAAAAGGACAGGGAAGAAUCACAUGAGUUGCUGACCUGUGAGAAAUCAGGAGACAUUGAGGCAGAGCCACUUGAUCCUUACCCCAGGGAAAGUGAUGAAAAUGGAGCAACCAUUCCUCUCCUCCAACUGAUUCAACAGCUGCUAAGGAAUUCUGCCUCCUAUUCUCUGUCCCACUUGGAGGACAUUUCCAAGGACCACUUCCUGAAGACGGAGGAGUGGGACGUUCGUGAGACCUCCCCCUCCCUGGACCUCCUCCUCCAAGUGCAGAGGUUACUAGUCUCCCGAAUAUUCCCUCUGGAUGGGGAGGGGCCAUUGCUGACCACUGGAACAGAAAAAGAGUUACAGUUCCUAGGGGCAGGGUCCCUGCUGAGGAAGUAUAUCCUCCUUCUGUGUAACCAUAUCUCUGUGAUCCUCCCCCAGGCCACCAGCCUCGCCUGUAUCAGCAGCAAACACUUCUCUGUGGUCUCCAGGGUCCUCACAAAGGAUGUCACAGGUGUCCUGCUACCUGAGAUGGUGACCUCCAUGGUGUUGCUCCAGCUGAAGGCCCCUGGGGUCAUUCAGUCCUCUCGGUCAGUGCCUGUGCUGGAGGAAAUACUGGACAUUCUGGACACCUACAACAAACUGGCCCCAGGACUAGACCGAGAUGACAAGGAGGAUCUAGCCUGGCCAGGGGUGUGGAGCUACACUUUGGAGAAAUACACACAGAAAUCAAGCGAGGACAUAAAUAUCAUUCGUCAACCUGACCUGGAGAAUCAAAACAAAGAUGGAGGAUUAUGGGUAGUGAUCCAUGGCAAAGUGUACGACAUACAGGAAUUUAAAGCCCAGGCUCCAUGUGGGAGUGAGAAACUGCUUCAGUUUGCAGCCGAAGAUGCAACAGAAGCUUUUGAGUUGGAACAUCAUUCAGAUGAAGCCAGAGAACUGAUGAAGUCCUUCUAUGUGGGACAGUACCUUGAUCCAAAGAAAGACAUUGUCCAAACUUCUGACACAAGCACUGCUUCGUCCCCACUGGCAGACACUCAACGAACCCUGGGGGUGCUUCUUGGCCUUCAGGCAGCGUACCAGGCCAGGGGAACGCCCUGGUCAGCUGAAGAAGAGGAGUAUCAUGACUGGCUGAAAUCAGAGUUCUUUGCUGGGGGACUACAAGUUUUACAACCCAAAAAUCAGUUUGAAGAGGAGAAGGGAGAGAGUAGAGGUUCUGCUUCUGGGGGAACAACUCCUGGAGCCACACCCACUUCUGAGGUCAGACAUGUGCCUGGCCUAUCAGAGAAGGAGAAGCUGUUUGACAGACAGGCAUCACAGGCUGAUACAUCCCGCCCCUUCCUAGCAUCCUUGGCAGAGGGCCGUGUCCAAGACACUGCGGUCAAAACAUUCCUAUCUGUGAUGGAGAAGUACCAGAAGCAUCAUCAUCUGUUCGCACUGGAAUUUCCUCUAGAUCACCCCCUGGAGGAGGUCAGCAGGAUCCUUUUGGCAGUUCUUCUAAAGCACCAUGACUUAGGACAUGCAGCAAUAGCAAUAGUUGAACAAGAAGAGCACACCAAACAUUCCAUUCCAAAGUCAAUAUCUGAACUCUUCAAAGUGGUCAGCAAGACAAAGCGAAGUCUGAUUCAGAUUCACCAAGAACAAGGGCGGUCCUACAAAGAAGUGUGUGCCCCCGUCAUAGAAAGAUGUAGGUUUCUCUUCAAUGAGUUGAGGCCGGCCAUAGGUAACGAGGUCAACGCUAUGAGUCGAUCCUGUCUACUUAAAAGUAUACCUCGAUGGAAACAGGUGUCCUUGAAAAUGAUGGAAGACAAGAGACGGUCCAAAAGGACCAAAGUGGCCUGUGAUUUUGGAGUGGAGUUUGUGACAGGAGAGGAGGAGCCAGUUGAUGUCAAAGUGGAGAAUGAAGUGGUGGCACCAGGAGCAGAAAGUGGAGAAAGAACUGGUAAAGAGGAUAAAGUUCCAGCUGAUGUGGAUGUAGCAGAGAUAAGCAAACCAUCAGAGGAGGAUGAAUUUGAGGUCAUAGUCUAUCCUAAAGGGGGGGCUCCGAAAAAGAUGGAUGAACCAGAAGGAGAAGCCACUGUGGUGGAUCACAAGGUCAAAGUUCACAGAACUAGGAGGCAAGAUUCCUGGAAAGAUAUUGCCAGUACUGUUACAAGUGCCCAGAAGUUCCGCUGGUUGAGACAAAGAAUGACUGGACACAUAACAGACAUGCCACUGUUGAAUAAGAUUAUAGAGUUUGUGUUGUAUGAACAUCCUAUUGACAUUGAAAAACUUAGGCGAUCUCUGCACCAUCAGGUGGAGAGGGCUCAGAUGCGACUGAGCGGGAUCCAGACUAUGCUGUCCCUCAUACAUCGUGACUAUUUGUUGGCUUCCUGUAAAUAUGCCAUACUGUGUGGAUGGCAGGGCCUGCUUACCAUUGGACAACGAGUCUGUCCCCCUGUACCUCACUGUCUGUCAGGGGUUCAGCUGAUACCCCCCUGUGACAGAAUCCUCUUAGAGAUGACAUAUUCUGAUCUCUACAAAUGGGCUAUCAAAGAAUUGAGGGCAGCAGUGAUUCAGGCCGACAUGAAGUUCAAAUCAAGGGGGAUAAAUCCUGCUAUUCCUCCAGUUGACGUCAGCAAGGAGAGACUAAGUUUAGGAGCACUGCCUCAGUCCCGCUUUAUAUUGGCCAUGCUGGGAAUUCUGGUAUCAGAGCACCAGUCAAGCAGCCUUAGUUUGCUGCUCAAUUCUGGGGUUCUUGGAUUGUCGCAGACUUUGAUGAGACUUGUUGGACCAGAUCCUGACAGAGUUCUCCAGGAUAACAUGGUAUCCAUGUGUGCUGUGUUAGAGGAACAGAAACACAAGAAACAAUCAGCUCCCGUCCCCAUCUCAGGCCCAGAGCUGGCGGCCAUGAUGAAGAUUGGGACUCGUGUUAUGAGGGGCGUGGAUUGGAAAUGGGGGGAUCAGGAUGGUCCUCCCCCCAGUCUGGGAAGAGUGAUUGGGGAGUUGGGAGAUGAUGGGUGGAUCCGAAUUCACUGGGAUACUGGAAGCACUAACAGUUACAGGAUGGGCAAGGAGGGGAAAUAUGACCUCAAAUUAGCCGAACCUCCAGAAAUGCCAGAUAAUGAUGAUAAUGAAGAUGAGGAACUGGAAACAGACCCUGUGAAAGCAGAGAGUAGGCAUCCAACAGCUGUAAUACGACGAUCAACUCUUUAUCUAUUGCGCAAUCUCUCGCUGUCAUGUGGAAUAUAUGCAGAGCAAGCUCAGAAAGAGGCUAUCAGUGCAUUGUGUGGCCUAAUGAGGAAAAUAUUGGAUGCAGGAUGCAAUUAUGGAAUUAAUUCAAACUACAUCCCUACACAGAUAGCUAGUGAACAGCACUACAGCUGGUGUACGCUUGGCUUUGUUCGGUCAAUUGCGACAAGUCCAGUCAUCUGUGAAGCCCUCAGUUCACAGAAGUGGAUCGAUCUGUUACUAAAAAUACUGGAGGAUGAAAAGCCAUCCCAACCCACCAAAAAUAUCAUUAAGCAGAUUCUGAUUCUGAGGUUUUUGGAGUCAGUAUUGCCUCACUGGAGUAAGAAUACAGAUGAAACACGAGUGAAGACAAUCGUACAGAGGCUGUUUAAUCUCCUGGGCAAAGUCAUCAUGGGAUGUUCUGCAGAUCCUACGCUAUUCUCACAGAAUGAUGUUCUUAGGAAGGGGCACAAGCCAUGUGUUUCAGUCUCCCUGACCGCCUCCUACACCAGUACGUUGGGGGAGGAGUUGGUGUGUCUGAUACGAACCCUCCAUGUCAGUGAGUGUUGGAACUCUCACAUCAACACCUUCAUUACUGAUCAGCUUGUAAACAUUGGAGACAUGAUGGUGGAAAAAGUCUGUCCAUCACAGGAGCUUCUCUCUGAGGACACUGUGUUGGUAGAUCGUUUGCCAAUUGUUCUGGCUUGCCUAGCCGUGAUUGGUGGAAUUGAUAACAGGGCAAGGUUAGGUGGAAGGGUGGAACAUGAAGACUAUGGCAGUGGUACUAUUGCCAAGAUCACUUCAAAAGGAAAAAUCCAUGUGCAAUUUAAUGACGGAAGCUUGCGAGCUUGUAGAUUGACUGAAUUAGCUGUGGCUGUGAAUCAGGACUUUUGUGUGAGUAAGCUGGAGAUGACACCAGAUGUCAUCAAAAUGUGGUCAGCCAUUGUUGGUUACACAGGAACAGGAUUGAAGAUGGAGAAGGAUUUCCCCAAAGACAGACCUCUGGCUUCUAGCACUGCCAGUAUAGAAUCGGAACGUACCUCAGCCAGUGGUGUAGAUGUGAGAGAACUUCGAAAACAGCAACUAAAGCUGGGGCUGCUCAGAGCCUCCAGAGUCCUGUUGUCUUGUCAGUCACAUCUCCGACAGAUCCUCAGUGGAAUUUCAGUGGUGGAUCAAGGAUUAUCAGAGGUGGAAGCUGGGGUGGAAGAGAUCAGUGAUGAGGAUCCAGAGAGUGAAUCAUCUUCUUUGAAUACCAUAUUACAGCAGUUAAUGAGUGUGGCUACCCAGCCUUCUCCCAUCAAAGCCGUCUUCUCCAGAGAAGAACUGGAGGGUGCUGCCUUGGCAGUUGCUCAGUACUUGACUGCCACAAGCCAGCUGGAAAUUGAUGAUUCUGAAUCGUCAGAUUCUGAGAGUGAGAACGAGCAGGCUCCUCCCAUCAGACCUCCUGUUGAGGUGCCCAAUAACACGAACCGGCCUCAUAAACCGAAGAAAGCCAGAAACCAGGAACCUCAACCAGAGGUUAGUCCAGUGGUGACACAGCUCAUGGAAAUGGGAUUUCCAAAGAAAAAUGUCAAGCUGGCAAUGAAGGCUAUUGGGGGCUCAUCCUUGGUCCCUAAUCCUGACCAGCCCAGUAUUGAGGCCCUGGUAGGGUGGCUGAUUGAACACCCUCAGAUUAACGUCCAUGAUGUGGAGGACAGCGAUAGUGAUUCGGAGGAAUAUUCCACGGAUUCUGAUGCCACAUCCGAAGAUUUGGAGGAAGAGAACUCCUUUGACAUUAACACAGAGGUUGUGACAUAUGGGAGUUUGAAUAAUGAAGCAGCAGGAAUAGUUCCACCAGCGGCUCCCACACAACAGACGUACAAGAAACGGGCCGAUUUCCUGAGUAAUGAUGAGUAUGCCAUGUAUGUCAGAGACACCAUUCAACCCAACAUGAGUGUUAGGUGUUGCCGCACUUAUGAAGAGGUUCACGAGGGGGAUAUUGGAAAAGUUGUUAAGCUUGACAGAGAUGGUCUUCAUGACUUGAACAUCCAAGCUGACUGGCAGAGGAAAGGUGGAACAUACUGGGUCCGAUAUAUUCAUGUGGAGAUUCUGGGAUUCAUGGGAAACGAGACUGGUUCCACUCAGAAAAUCUCAGUGGGAGACAAAGUUCAUGUCAAACCCAACGUGGUCACGCCCACCUACAAGUGGGGGUCCGUGUCUCAUAACUGCAUUGGAACUGUUACAGCUAUCAAUGCCAAUGGUCGAGAUCUUACAGUAGACUUUCCACAGCAAUCUCACUGGACAGGGGUUAUUGAUGAAAUGGAAAUUGUACCAAGUUCUCAUCCUGGAGUAGGGUGUGAUGAAUGUGAACUGUUCCCCAUAGUGGGCCCCAGAUACAAAUGUCAGAAAUGUCCCAGUUAUGACAUGUGUGAAAACUGCUUCCGAAUCAAGAAACACAAACACAGUCAUGCCUUCAUCAAAAUAUCAGAACCAGAUUGUGAGCCCUCUUUUGCUGGUAAGGCUGGCAAACAGAGGCGGAAGUUUGGUGUCCUGUCCUCGAGAUCCAUUAUCGAUGAUUGGCAUUCAUGUGUCAAGGCCGUCACGGUAUCUUCACGAGAAAAUCAGGCUCACAGACUCAUCAAUGGAAACAAUGGCUAUUGGCAGAGUUCAGGGUCACAAGGCAAGCACUGGAUCCGACUGGAGAUGCAGACAGACAUCCUUUUACAUAGACUGUAUAUGAAGGUGGAACCUUCUGACUCCAGCUACAUGCCAAGUUUGGUGGUUAUUAGUGCUGGAGAUACAUUAAACUCCAUGAAAGAGAUCCGUGCAGUCAAUAUCACAUCAUCUGAGUCUAUCGUUACACUUCUACAGGACCUGAAUGAUUACUUUCGCUUCAUUGAGAUUGGCAUCAAACAAUGUCGCAGCAGUGGCAUUGACUGUAAAGUUCACGGUCUGACAAUUCUGGGGAGGUUAAGGUCAGAUGAGGAUGAUGCAGCCGCUAACUUUUCAUUCCUGGCAUCAGACAGGGAGGAGGAAGAAGAGGAAAAGGUCAAUAGUGCAUCGGUCAAAAAGAAGAAGAAAUCAACAACUAAGGAAAUCCAGACUAAUGUAUUCUGCUGGGGGCUGAAUGACAAAGAUCAACUGGGCGGGCCUAAAGGAUCAAAGAUUAAACUUCCAACUUUGAAUGACAAUCUGUCAGCUCUGAGAUGUGUGCAGAUUGUGGGUGGAUCCAAAAGUUUAUUCUGUGUGACCCAAGAAGGAAAAGUUUAUGCCUGUGGUGAGGCCACCAAUGGGAGAUUAGGUCUGGGGAUCAGCACAGGGACUGUCUCUGUUCCACGGCAAAUCACUUCUCUGAGUCAAUAUGUUGUGAAAAAAGUAGCAGUCCAUUCAGGUGGCCGACACUCACUGGCCUUAACAACUGACGGAAAGGUCUUCUCAUGGGGAGAAGGGGAUGAUGGGAAACUGGGACAUUUCAGCCGCUGGAACUGUGAUAAACCGAGACUGAUAGAGGCCCUGAAAUCAAAGCGUGUGAGAGACAUUGCCUGUGGGAGUUCCCAUAGUGCUGCCAUUACUUCUAAUGGGGAUCUGUACACCUGGGGCCUAGGGGAGUAUGGAAGACUUGGGCAUGGAGACAAUACAACACAGCUGAAACCCAAACAGGUCAAAGCCUUAGCCCAUCAGCGAGUGGUACAGGUGGCAUGUGGGAGUCGGGAUGCCCAGACCCUGGCCCUCACAGACGAGGGCAUUGUCUACUCCUGGGGGGAUGGGGACUUUGGAAAACUGGGUCGAGGGGGGAGUGAGGGUUGUAAUGUUCCUCAUGAAGUGGAGAGAUUGAGGGAUCAGAAGGUGUGGCAGAUUGAAUGUGGUGCCCAGUUCUCAUUAGCUCUGACCAAGUCUGGACAAGUGUGGACAUGGGGCAAAGGUGACUAUUUUCGACUGGGCCAUGGAACAGAUGCUCAUGUAAGAAAGCCACAGAUUGUGGAGGGACUGAAAGGGAAGAAAAUUGUCCAUGUAGCAGUGGGGGCACUCCACUGUCUGGCUGUCACUGACACGGGACAGGUCUAUGCAUGGGGAGAUAAUGACCACGGACAACAAGGAAAUGGAACCACCACAGUCAAUAGAAAGCCAGCCUUGGUGGUGCUGGAGGGAUACAAGAUCAGUAAGGUAGCCUGUGGUUCCUCCCACAGCAUUGCCUGGGCCACCACCGACAUGUCUGUUCCCACCACUCAUGAACCAGUACUGUUCUCUACCUCUAGGGAUCCUUUGGGGGCAACACUUCUGGGUGUGAAUGAGAGCAAUGCUGAUGAGAACUCUGUAUCUACCGCUGCCUCACAAAGCCCAACAUCCAAAGCUGCACGUCCAUCACUGGCCAAAAUCAUUCUCUCACAGGACACUGACACCAGUAAACAACAGGCCCUGGGUUACAUUCUGACUGCUCUACAGAUUCUGUACUCCAGAGAUGCCAUAGUUAAGUCAUUGGAGACAGAUGGCCAGCCUGUGCCAGUUUCUCCAGAAAUGAAACCACUGGGUAUGACAGGUUCCCCGGCAGCCAGUACUGACGAGCUUCCCAUGGACAGGGAGGAGGGGGUGACAGAUGAGGUGCUGGAUCAUGCCGACAUACAGCUGACUGUGGGGGAGACUGUCACAGAAGCUGUCAGUGGGAUGCACUCAGAAAUUUCCUCAUACACAAGCAUGCAAAGUCUGGCAGCUUUAGUUCCCAUGGAAACAAGCAUCAUAGCAGAGACCUUGACCUCUGCAGAUGAGGUCAUGAGUACUAUGGAAACUGGCCCAACAAAUUUCCCAUCAGGUCUGGAUGACUUCACUGCUCGAAUGACUGUUAACGAUGCUCGUAAUUUGGUUGAACUUCUGAAGCUUGCUGUGGCAUCCAGAAUGGGAGAUUUGGCCAAAGAGGGUCUGUCAGACAUUCUCACUCGACUGGCCAAGGCAUAUCCUCAGGUGGCUGAGAUGUUGUUGGAGCUGUGUGUUACAGAGUUGGAGGAUGUGGCUUCAGAUCGGGUUUGUGGGAGGCUACCACAACCCGUGGUACAGGAAUGUCCCCACCCCUACAGUGAUGAUACCUCCCUCAGUGGCACAGUCAAAAUCCCAGGAGCUGAUUCCUUGCGGGUGGAGUUUGAUCGCAGAUGUUCUACGGAGAGGAGACAUGAUCCCUUAACAAUCUCUGACAGUUCUGGUAGAACCCUGGCUGUCAAAUCAGGGCGAGAAUGGUCUGAUUGGUCCCAGGAGCUCCGGAUCGAUGGAGAUGAGCUGCGAUGGAAGUUUGUCAGCGAUGGCUCCGUAAAUGGCUGGGGCUGGUACUUCACCGUCUAUCCCAUCAUGCCUGCCGCUGCUCCCAUGGACAUGCUUUCUGACAGAACAGUUCUGUCACGUCCCUCCAUAGACCUUGUCACCUGUCUUCUGGACUUCAAACUGGACAUAAAUCUGGCCAGGAAUAUUGUCACCAGAUUAGCUGCAACUUUGGCUGCCAAUGCCCAGCUGAGUUCACUAGGGUCCAGCCAGAGAAUGUGGGCUUUACAGAAACUACGGAAACUAAUGACCUCAGACACCUCAGACCAGAUCGUCAAUGUCAACACAUUACUGGCCAGUCCCACUGUAGAGACAUCAGAACCUGACCUGUCAUCUCGAUCUUCUACAGCACUUCUGAACAGUUCCUCAGUGACCUCCCUUGUCAAGGGUCUACCUGAGGCCCUACAGAGACAGUAUGACUAUGAAGAUCCUAUUGUGAGGAGUGGGAAGCACCUGAUGCACAGCCCAUUCUUUAAGGUACUAGUGGCCUUAGCCUGUGAUCUUGAACUGGACAAACUGAGCUGCUGCAGUGAAGCACACAAGUGGGCUUGGUUCCGUCGCUACUGCAUGGCAGCACGAGUCGCUACAGGGAUCGUCCAAAGGACCGCCCUGCCAGUCUCUUUCCUGGAGGAGGUCCGUAAAAAGAUUCUGGACAUUUCAUGUGAUGAAGAAGAGGAUACAAAUGCUCAUGAAAAUCAUGAAAUUUUCAAACAAGAACAGGAUGAACAAUUACUGUUGUGGUUGAACAGGAAACCGGAGGAGUGGACCUUGUCCUGGGGAGGAAGUGGUCAAAUCUGGGGAUGGGGACACAAUCACAGGGGGCAGCUUGGGGGAGUGGAUGGUGCCAAGGUCAAGCAGCCAGUCAGCUGUGAGGGCCUGGCGGUCACCAGGCCGAUUCAGUUGGUAGGAGGGGAGCAAACUCUGUUUGCAGUGACAGCUGAAGGAAAGGUGUUUGCUACAGGAUAUGGGGCUGGUGGGAGGCUAGGGGUUGGAGGGACAGAGUCUGUUUCCCACCCCACACAAUUGGAAUCCAUUCAGCAUGUGUUUAUUAAGAAGUUGGCCGUCAACUCUGGAGGGAAGCACUGCCUGGCUCUGUCUGCAGAGGGUGAGGUGUAUUCCUGGGGAGAGGGAGAGGAUGGGAAACUAGGUCAUGGUAACAGAAGUCCCUGUGACAGACCCAGGGUGAUAGAUUCCCUGAGAGGUAAAGAGGUGGUGGAUAUAGCAGCUGGAGGGGCGCACAGUGCCUGCAUCACAGCUAACGGGGAACUGUACACCUGGGGCAAGGGACGCUAUGGUCGUCUGGGUCAUGGGGACAGUGAAGAUCAGCCCCGCCCAAAACUGGUGGAGGCCCUGAAAUCAUACCGCGUAAUUGACGUGGCAUGUGGUAGUGGCGACGCCCAGACUCUGUGUAUCACUGAUGAUGACAAUGUCUGGUCUUGGGGAGAUGGUGAUUAUGGAAAAUUGGGUCGAGGAGGAAGUGAUGGUUGCAAAGUGCCAAUGAAAAUCGACACAUUGAUGGGUCAGGGGGUCAUUAAAGUGGAGUGUGGAUCUCAGUUCUCUGUAGCACUGACUAAAAGUGGAGCCGUCUUUACUUGGGGUAAGGGAGACUACCAUCGUUUAGGUCAUGGAUCUGAUGACCACGUCAGGCGUCCCCGUCGAGUUUCAGCCCUCCAGUCCAAGAAGGUCAUUGAUGUAGCUUGUGGUUCCCUCCACUGUGUGGCCUGUACAGAUACUGGUGAAGUAUACUCUUGGGGAGAUAAUGAUGAAGGACAGUUAGGAGAUGGAACCACCAAUGCCAUCCAGAGACCCCGCCAGGUGGUGUCACUGCUAGGUAAGAAGAUCAAUCGUGUGGCCUGUGGCUCUGCCCACAGCUUAGCCUGGUCCACUAACAAAGCGGUCAGUGCUGGCAAACUGCCCACCGCCAUCCCCAUGGAGUACAACCACCUCCAGAGCAUUCCAAUCACGGCCCUGAGGAACCGCCUGAUGCUGCUCCACCAUUUCUCUGAUGUCUUCUGUCCAUCCAUUCCCAUGUUUGACCUUCAGCACAGAAGUCAAGGAGAGGUCAGGAAUGACAUAAUCACUGGACUGGACAAUCUAAGAGGAGUGAUUGUGUCCUCAGUCAAGGAGGCCGCCUUCAGAAAAGUUGUACAAGCAACCAUGGUGAGAGACAAACAGCAUGGACCAGUGGUGGAACUUAAUCGACUACAGGUGAAGAGGGCUCGUAGUAAGGGAGGGUAUGCUGGACCGGACGGCACCAAGUCUGUGUUUGGUCAGAUGGCCAGUAAACUAUCCUCAUUUGGAGCAGACAGUCUAAUGUUGCCACACAGAGUUUGGAAGGUCAAGUUUGUAGGAGAGAGUGUGGAUGAUUGUGGAGGGGGAUACAGUGAGUCCGUGGCUGAGAUGUGUGACGAGUUACAAAAUGGAUCCCUCCCUCUCCUCAUUGUUACCCCCAAUGGACGGGGAGAGUCGGGGGCAAACAGAGACUGUUUUAUCUUUAAUCCCAUGGCCAAAUCUCCAGUGCAUGUCAACAUGUUCAAAUUCCUGGGUGUGUUAUUUGGCAUAGCAAUUAGAAGUGGAAGUCCUCUUAGUCUGAACAUUGCUGAGCCUGUGUGGAAACAAGUGGCUGGAAUGCCUCUCAGUUUAUCAGACCUGGCAGAGAUUGAUAAAGACUGUGUGCCAGGUCUGAUAUGCAUAAAAGAUCUGACGGAUGAAAAACUUCAGGCAGUAGAAAUGCCAUUCAGUAUCCCCAGCUCUUCUGGGCAGGAGGUACAAUUGUCGGCCAAAUACAGCAAGAUAACUCCAGCAAAUAAAGUCGAGUACAUCAAACAGGCCAUUAAUUACAGAUUGCAUGAAUUUGAUGACCAGGUCAGGUGGGUCAGAGAAGGUAUGUCAAAGGUCAUCCCAGUACCUCUCCUGUCACUGUUCACUGGGCUGGAAUUGGAAACCAUGGUGUGUGGUAGUCCAGACAUACCUUUGUAUUUACUGAAGUCUGUGGCUACAUACAAAGGUGUGGACGCUAAUGCCCCCCUGGUGACCUGGUUCUGGGAGGUGAUGGAGGAGCUCUCUAAUAAUGAGAGGUCCCUCUUCCUGAGGUUUGUGUGGGGCAGGACUCGACUCCCCAGGUCCAUAGCAGACUUCCGAGGGAGAGACUUUGUUCUGCAGGUGUUGGAUAAAUAUAACCCACCGGAUCACUUCCUGCCAGAAAGCUACACCUGUUUCUUCCUGCUAAAGAUGCCUCGUUAUUCCUGUAAACCCGUGUUACUGGAAAAGCUCAAAUAUGCCAUCCACUUCUGUCGUUCCAUAGACACGGAUGACUACGCUCGGGUAGCUCUCACUGGAGAAAUCCUCGUGGACGAUACGCCAGAGGCUAGUGAUGACUCCGAGGAUAUUUACAGUAUGGAAUCCGAUGGAGAAAUCGUGGAUUCUGACUCGAGUUUGGUCUGAACUUCGGUGAUGCUUUCUAGUCCAUAUAAAAUGGUCUUGCAAUGUCUUUAUUAACUAUGUUUUAAAAAUGGUUGGUUGUAAUGUUUAAUGCUGCAAGAAAAGAAAUAAAAACUUUAAAUUAUGGACAAAAUUAUUGUUAUUCAGGACAACAAAACAAAAAAAGCUGUUAGUCAGAUAGGUGUAACUUAAUUAUCUUCGAAUGGAAAUACAUGUAUGUCUGUUUUAAUUUUAUUUUCAAAAUUGUAGCCAGUUUGUUUUAAUUUUUAAAUUAAUUUCAUUGCUUUAUUUUCUUACAGUGAUGUAAGUAGUAGCUAAUAUUUUCACUUUAAUUUAUGUACAUGUAUAGUAUUGAGUACCUUCGACAUUUUUUCUUCUUGCAUUUAUUUUUUUAUCACAUUUUUAAAGAUAAAAACCCACAUUUUCAUUGCAAUGACAAUACAAUUUAAUGUCCCAAUGUUGAAAUUUAAAUAAGAUCCUUUUUUCUACAAUUCAUAUAUCUGUAAAUACAUAGUGUAUUGUUAAUGAAGUCUUUAACUUCGUUAGAAAUGGCAUGAUUAUAAUAAAAUUUACCAUGUAAUAGAUAACCAAAGGGUUAAUCAAAAAAAAAGAGCAUUAGUCAUUAUUUAUUAACUGAAUAGUUAUUUUUUAAAACAUGAACUUAACAUGAACACCAUGUAAAUGUGGUGAAUAACAAAUUUUGCAGUGAUAUUGCUAGUUUUCUGUUUUCAGUAUUGUAGUGGUUUAUAAAACAAACUUAUUUCUGUGUUAGGAAUUGUUUUAUUGCAUUAAUAUUUGAUGCUUAUAUGUAUAUACUGAUAUUUCAAGAAGUGAUUGAUUGUGGUAAUUGUAAUUGCAUGCUGUCUCUGUAAGAGACAUUAUGUAUCUUGAAUCAUAAUUUGGCAAUUUUUAUUGCUUCAGAAAUACAUGUACUGAUAUCUACCUAGAAACACAAGUCAGUUAAUUUGUUUAAUAGUUAUGACUGGCUGUGAUUUCAUGGCUUAUUAUUAGAAUUCCUUUAAUAAAUUUCAUAGCAACUUUACUAUUAAAAAUUUGAAUUUUGCUCAAAACAGAAUUGUUUCUUCUUUGGAUGACUGCUUAUUUGUCUAAAUGGAGAGUUUGAGAAAGGUAGUCUAUUGGCUUGAAUGCUUUUUAAGGUCAGACGAUACGUUCCUGAAAUAUCGGUUUUGUAUAUCUUCAUAUUGUAUGGAAAAUAUUCCAAAUUUUAAUUACCUUCUGAUUUCUAAACUUGUUUCUAAUUGUCUUAAAAAAAUUGAAACACUAAAAAAUGUGAUAUUGGCAAAUUAAGUUUUUUCCUAAUGGAUUUUAUAGGAAAUAACAUCCUCUGGUAUCUUGCACAAAUGCCUGGUAAGGUACCUCAAUUUUUUGUGAGUAAACAUGUUAAAGUAGCAAUACUUCAAUGAAAAAUUUUUAGAAAAAAUUAUAUAUUAUUGAGGAACGUAUCGUCUGUCCUUAAUUUGUAACCUUGACAUCUAUGCUAUUGCUUUAAUAUGAAACGAGAAUGUAAAACGUCAGUGGAUGAAAAACAAAUUUUUAUGUCAUCUAAGUUAAUCUUAUUUAACCCAAAUAGAGCAGUAAGCGGAUUGUUUUUUCUUUUUUAUGAUCACAAAAUUUAGAAAACUUUCCAAUCACAGGCACGGAUAGUUGUACAACACUGUUUUAGUGACCUAGUGUGUAACAUCAAAAGUUAUGAUGAAGUUUGUCAAAACUAUAUAGUACAUGUAUAUUAUUUAUGCUGUGUGUUUGAAGUUUUGUUAUGAAUCAUGUACUUGUUUGUUUUUAAGUUGUUAUUAUAUGUACAAGAGUCCUUAUGCUUUUGAUUUUUUUUUUUUUCAAAAUAAAAAUUGUGAAAAUAAAA